AUGUUUAAUUUUUAUCUUAACGAAAAUCGAAAAUUAAAUAUAGAAAAUGAUAAAUUUGUAGCGGCGGAAUAUAUUAAAUCUGGUACAGUUAUAGUUGUUCAAGCACCUUUAGCAUCAGUUCCGUUACCUUCAAAACGUCAUCAAAGAUGUAAUUAUUGUCUUCGAAAAGCACAGCUUCAGUGCUGUUCUCGAUGUCGAUCUGCCUAUUUUUGUAGUAAUGAAUGCUUUCGUAACGCCUGGCUUCAUUUUCAUCGAGUUCUUUGCGAGCCUCAAGAGACAGAUAUUUAUAAAGACAUCGAUGCGGAUCGGUGGUUAUUGGAAAGGACAGCUUUGGUGUUACACAGUCAUGAUCGUCUGAAUAAGCAGAAUUCGUAUGUGGCCGAAUUUUUAAAACUUUUUGACUAUCAGAUCUCUCAGGAGGAUUUGGAUCUAUUAUGGCAUCGAAUCAAAUUAAGUUCAUUUCCUAUUUUAGAUACAGAACACCACUUGGAUCAAGUGGCGAUAGGAGUAUACCCCGCGACAUCUCUUCUUACUAACCACUCAUGUUGUCCAAAUGCAGCUCUACUCUAUAAACAAAGUACACAAUAUAUUGUUACUAUAGAGGACAUCUUACCGGGUGAGCCUAUUACGAUUGCUUAUGUUGAUCUCAUCAAUACGAGAGCCAGAAGAAUGCAAAAGUUAAAGGAACGAUUUGGCCCCCAUUUUGAAUGUCAGUGUAUGCGUUGUCAGGGCGAAUUAUCUUGUCUGGAUGCAGCCUUAGAGAAAGGUGAAGAAUGUGGGUUAACCGAGGUGGAAGCAGUGGAACUCAUGAGUCGAUCUAUCAAGACAUGGUCUGUGCUGGAUAUGAUCAAGCAUGCUCAAAUGAGGGAAAAGGACAGUUGGUCAUCUAUUCAAGUACUAGAACCACCCCAAUUUGCUCAUUUUGUAAGUCGAAUCGCAGCUCCUGAUAUCUUUUACGCCUUUGUAGAGGAUAAAAAGUUGUUACCGAGGGAGAGUACCUAUAGAGUGUUCUCAAAGGAAGAUAGAGCUUAUUUAAGACAAUGUAUCAAGAUCGUCAUCAAUACCUUAUUAACUGUCCCUCAUACACCUGCAUUCUCUUUAGCUACCAUUCAUGCUGCAGAGUCUCUUUUAAUUGACCGAAUUAAAAGGGGGAGCUGGGUCGAGGCAUCUCGUUGUGCCUCCUAUCUUAUCGUUGUCUAUCGUUUAAUCUAUCCUCCUCUACACCCAAAGGUCUCCUAUCAUACUCUCAUUUUAGCAAGAUCAAGCUGGAAUGCCUUGGUGGAAAUGGAAUUAAUCGGUGUAAAUAAAAAAUUGGAAAAUAUUUAUGAUGUCGGUACCGGGAAUUGGAUUGAAAUAGCAAAGAAUGCAAUCGAUACUACCUUUGGAAGAGAUACAACCUUAUGGAGAGAUAUUAUUGAAUUACAAUGGGUCCAUGAUCGUGAACGAAAAGUGAAAAAAUCCACCUCUUGA